GUGCCAGUCGCCUAGUCAGCCAGUCUCACAGCAGCCAGAGUCCGUCCGUCGUAUGAGGGACACGGACGAAUCGUAAAGGCCGCGCUUGGUUCGUCGAGAAAGAGAGAGAGAGAGAGAGAUCCUUCACAGGGACCUCUGCUAUUCACGGUUGUUACCACCGAUCAUAUCGUCUGUCUGUAGUGCGCGCCCGCGACGGAACACACCAAAGCGUGUGCGUGCGCGAGCGGAGGCGAGCUUUCUCGUGUACACGCAUCCGCCCCGCCGUGUAUUAUCUUUUCUUCGUUUUCAUUCGGUUAGGCCAGCGCCAGCUAGCUAGCAAGGCGCCCGUGUGUCCUCCUGUAUCCCGGCAUCUCUUCUCGCGGUUCGCCACAGUUUUCGUUCGGUUCCCCGCGACCGCACUAUCCACACUGACGAUAGAGGAGGGGCCAAAGGCAUGUCGUCGUCUUCGUUGAAGGGUGAUAAAACGGCGCCGUGUUUCGCACGGUUUUGCCAUAUCGUGAAAUGGGACGACUUCGACGGUUACGGAUUCAAUUUACACGCGGAGAAAGGAAAGAACGGGCAGUUCAUCGGCAAAGUGGACGACGGAUCGCCGAGCCAGGCGGCCGGUCUUCGUCAGGGUGAUCGGAUCGUGGAGGUUAACGAGAUCAACAUCGCGAACGAGACCCACAAGCAGGUGGUCGAACGUAUAAAGGCGUUCCCGAAUGAGACGAAGCUACUGGUUGUUGACCAAGAGGCGGAUGAAUAUUUCAGGGCCAACAACAUCGUUAUCAAGGGCACCAUGGCGAACGUCAAGGUGAUCAAGACCCCGGAGAAGAAUCCGAACAGUGUCGAGCAGGACGAGGAGGAGGAGCUCAACGGCAGCAAUGCGUCCACCGACGAGAACGGGCAGAAGACGAACGACAUGUCGCAGCACAGCGAGAGCAGCAGCACAUUAUCCGCAGGGGUGACAAGAAUGUCGACGAGGAGCGAGAACGAAAGCGAACAGUCCGCCGGCCGAGAGAAUGGGAAUGGGAUCAGGAACGACGGGCCGACGAUUGGUGGUCACGUGCACGGGACCGGGAACGGUAGCGUCGGAGGUAACAACGAGCAGCCGCGGCAACAGGGACUGAAUCUGAAGAUGAGCGCCAAAGAGCUUAGGGCUCAGUUGGCGGCGCGCAAAAAGUACGACCCAAAGAAGGAAUCGAUCGGGUUCAAGGACAAGUUCGAUAUCGUGCAAAAGUUAUAACCGAUGUGUGUGUGUGUGUAUAUCCAUUUUCGGUUUUUUUCUUUCUUUCGACAGUCUCUUGUUGGCUAUGCUCUGCUCGCGGUGCUCAAUUCUGUUCCUCGAUAUAAUUACCCGUAGUAGAAAUCCGUUUUUUUACACGCUCCCUGACGGUGUCCUCGGGUUAGUGUACACUCGAAACAAGGGGAGGGACGACUUGGUCGAUAUCUUAUGUCUCUAUGGAGUCUUGAGAAACUUCCAGAAUUCUGGAAAUAUACCACAGGUUUUUCUCUAUAUAACCUGUACACUCACGAGCAAUCUCGG